GGAGAGGUAGAGUGUCUGAGCUGCGGGGGAAGAGAGUAUAGAACAUUGAGGGUUACUGCUAACAGUUUGCUGUAGUACUUCAUAUACUUUAAUUCCAUCAUGUUUCCCACCUCUUCCUGUGACUGUUGUUUGUGUUAUUCAUCUUACACAUGAAGAAAGAUGGUUUGGAGUAGUGCAAACUUCCCAACUUAGAGACAACUUGGUCCUUGAAAGUGCUUCUGUGGUCGAAGACAGAAAUUAAAUUCUUCACACUGGUAUUGUCUUGAGUCGUCUGCAGUCAACGACCCCACACCGGCUGACCACCAUGAAUGCCUCCGCCAUGCCACCUGCCAACAACACCCCACUCUGCUACUCCAUCAACAGCCCUCCAUUCAGGUACCAACCCACCAUCGCCUCGGCCUACUUCUCAUCCAUCUUUGGAACAUUAGGUCUCAUCUCCAAUCUCAUCGCCUUUGUAGUUCUACUCAAGUCCAUCCUGCGGACACAUAGCCGCUCACGCUCCACCUUCAUGAUUUUCCUGGGUGGCCUGGUGGUCACUGACUUCAUGGGUCUUCUGGUCACCGCCUCCAUCGUGGUAUCUUUCCAUGUUACGCACUUUAAUUGGCGGAAGUUAGAUCCAAACUGCCACUUCUGCAACUUCAUGGGUAUGUCCAUGGUCUUCUAUGGACUGUGCCCACUGCUGCUUAGUGCCGCAAUGGCCGUAGAGCGCUUCUUUGGCAUCAACCAUCCAUUUGCACACUCCACCAGAAUGCCCAAGAGCCGAACAGUUUCCAUGGUGCUGAUGGUGUGGUUGAUGGCAGGCUGCAUAGCUUUGCUUCCCCUGACGGGUGUUGGGAGCUACCACAUGCAGAUGCCCGGCUCCUGGUGUUUUUUCAACAUCAGCUCUACGGGAAAUAACUUUGCCUUCUCCCUGCUGUUCUCUCUGGUCGGAUUGAUGUGCAUCGCUGUGUCAUUUUUGCUUAACACUGUGAGCGUCGUUACCCUGAUCAAGGUGUGUUGCGGAGAUGAUAGGACCCAACGUCGUAGAGAUCAUGAAAUAGAGAUGAUGGUUCAGCUCAUCCUCAUCAUGGUCAUCGCUUCUAUCUGCUGGUGCCCCCUUCUGGUCUUUAUUGCCCAAACUGUGCUGUCCGGAGUGCCCCUCCAGAUCAAAUACCUACUGCUAUGGUUACGCUUCGCCACUUGGAACCAGAUCCUGGAUCCGUGGGUAUACAUCCUGUUCCGAAGGGCGGUCCUUAGGAGGAUCAACCCCCGCCUCAACUGGUCUCGCGGCUCCAUCAUGACCUUGUACCCGUCUUUCAGUGAUACCGUCAGAAGGUUCACACGAUCGUCACUUGGGAGCAGCUUGGGACCGGAUGAAAAAGAAGAGACACGGAAAUCCAAUGUAAUGCCCCCAUCUACACCACCACCCGCUUCUCCGUGAUUGUUUGGAUUUGAGUUGUUGCAACAGACUGAGUGACAUCACUGUGGUUACAGAAUGUGAUUGACUGUGUUUUCAAGCUCUGAUGAGUUUUCAUGUUAACUGUGGCCAGGAUAAGAAGCAGGAUUGCACCAAUAAUAUGAAAGAAUGGAAUUUUGUUAUUUUAUUGUAUCCCACUGAAAUGUUUAGCAGUAUUAGCAAUGACACUUAGUGUAGUAUAGUAUAUAGAGAGAGCAGGGGCUGACUAUGGAUACAACCUGUAACCACUGUACAUGCAGAAGGAACAGUUGAUCCCAAGAGCAACUAACACUGAUCCUAAUCUUGUAGAAGUGCCUAAAAGUGAAGAUAUUUUGACUAAAAUGAAAUGUAGCUUAGGCCUCCAAACACUUUCCAUUUGAACAGUGUAUACAAUACUUUACAAUGUAUUUUAUUUGUGUUGAAUGUUCUGAUGAUGCAUGCGAAUCAAACUAUACUUUCUAGACCCUAAAAUGAUCAGUUGUGAACUCAUUAAUGGUCGCAUCUAGGUUUGGUAGAAGAAGAAAAAAAGGAAAAUAAAGCGAUGCCAGUGUGAAAGUCAUUAUUUCAUUAUUGUAACAAAAUAAAUGUUGACGCAGACCCUGCAAAUGCAAAGUUUCUGUUGUCAGUGGUAGACUAAUCUUUUCCACUGUCAACUUCAGAAAUGCAAACAAUAAUGUAACAGUAACAGUAUUCAUUUGAGAUUUAUUGCUGCAUGAAAGGUCAUAUUUACAUAAAUAGUUUGAAAUCCCUAUCUGAUAAAUAAAAAUGAUGCCUGACUCUACUAGAAUGAAGAUCUGAGAAAGUGUAAUUGUAAUUGCGAAAUUAAGAUUUAAGUGACCUCCUAUCUUUGACAGUGUUAUAUAAAUGUGUCAUAUUACUUGAUAAGUAAUGCUAUCACUUUCUUUAUUUUGGUUUGGCUACCUUACAUUUCUAACACAUAUUUUCUUACAUACCGCUGUUUGUGUUUAGCCAUGAAUGUAGCUUUAUGUUGGGAGAUAACACCCUCUGAGAGUUCUGGAUUACAGUUGAAAGGUAAUUAAUGUGUGCAGUUCAAAUUGAUGAAACAUAUAUUUUAAACAUUCAACAAAAGAAUGUCUUUAAGUGGGACAUUUCUUUUAAGUAGGCCGAAGUGCAUAAGGUUAAGUGCAAGUGUUACUAAGGGUAAGUGAUACAAAUUAUGCUUCAAUUUGAGUGAACUGAUCCUUUUAGAAAGAAGCGUACUCAAUUAUUGUACUUGUCUUUGAAACAUGUAUUGUGACUGACUUACCACACAGUAAUGAAAUCCAAUAUUUCCAUCUGGAGAAAGUAAAAUUUUCAUAUUUGAA